AGUUGGUGAUGCUGUUCUCACUAGAUUUAAAGGAACGCACUUCACACCGAACGAAAUUAUUUCUUUCCUCCACAAACACCAACACGUGUGCUUGUUCUCAACUGAGCUAAGGUCCAUUUAGGCGACUUGCACAAACAAGUUAAUAAAUAAAAGUAAGAAAUGGCCAGCAACAACGAAUUAGCUUGUGUUUACGCCUCUUUAAUUUUGGCUGACGACGAUGUAGCAAUUACGGGUGAGAAGAUCCAAACCAUCCUUAAAGCCGCCAAUGUUGACAUUGAGCCAUAUUGGCCCGGGCUUUUUGCCAAAGCUCUUGAGGGUGUUAAUAUUAAAGAUAUGAUCACCAACAUUGGCUCAGGAGUUGGCUCUGGACCAGCUGCUUCAGCCCCAGCUGCGGCUGCUGCCGCUCCAGCUGCUGCUGCUCCUGUUGAAGAAAAGAAGAAAGAAGAGGAACCCGAAGAGUCAGAUGAUGACAUGGGUCUUGGUCUUUUCGACUAGUUUGAUUAAGUUUAAGACUUAAGUUAUAAGAGUUUUGACUUAAAAUACAUUUUAUAUAAAGAUAA